UUGUGGCCAAGAUGAAUAACCAAUUGCAGUGCGCUGUUGCCAUAGUUUUGCUCCUGGCUGUCGCUUGCCGAGGAACAACUGUGCGAAAAGAGACAUUCAAUCUAUCUGGUCGUGUGGUUGGUGGCGUGGAUGCAUCUCGGGCACAGUUCCCCCACCAGAUAUCGUUGCGUAAUCGAGGCUCACAUAGCUGCGGAGGUUCUAUAAUCUCUCGCAAUUGGGUGUUAACUGCGGCUCACUGUGUCACCUACGAGAAAGACGGAGUGAACGUUGUCUAUCCGGCAAGUCAGAUGAGCAUUCGUGCCGGCAGCAAUGAUAGAUUCAGUGGCGGCAUUCUGCUCAACAUUGCGGAGAUCAUUGCCCACGAGAAUUAUGGCGACUUCCUGAACGAUGUGGCGCUGCUUCGUGUGGAGACUCCCUUCAUCUACUCGAACAGCAUUCGGCCAAUUGCAUUGCCCACUCAAAACACACCUGCUGGCGUUGACAUCAUCAUCUCUGGCUGGGGUCGUCUGACCCAUGGCGGGGAUCUGCCACGGUUUCUGCAGUGGAACACACUCAAGUCCCUGUCGCUGGAGGAGUGCGAGGAGCACAUUGAUUGGGGUGUUCCUAGUGCAUUGUGCCUCAUCCAUGAGGCCGACAAUGGUGCCUGCAAUGGUGACUCCGGUGGACCAGCUCACUAUAAGAAUGAGCUGGUGGGCGUGGCCGGAUUCGUUGUGGACGGCUGUGGCUCCACAUAUCCCGAUGGAUAUGCUCGAGUUUAUUACUUUAUUGAUUGGAUUAAGAAACACUGCGAUCUAUAACUUAACUAUUGAAAUAAACGUAAAUGAGUCUUAAAAUGUGUCAAAUACAA